AUGGGGACCAAGGUCCGGCCGGUGGUGCGAUUCGGGAGGCGCAAAGGGCAGAGCCGGGAGUCCACGCCCAAUGAUGAAGAUGAAGUUAUGGAGGGAAUAUUUCUUCCGGUGGGAGUAGAUCUUCGCCAAAUCACUAUACUGCCCAAAGCAGAAUGGCAAAGGAUUCAAGACAGCCUCACUGCCCCGGCUAGAGAAGCAGCGCGGAUUCGCGCCGAAAGGAAAGAACGGAAAGAGCUGCACUUGCAGUCUCAAGCCCUCGUGAAUAAUUGGAGCAACACCAUUGCAGGUAUGUCACAGAGAAAACUGAAAGCCAAAAAAGUACGGCAAGAGAAAGAAGAGGAAGAAAAAAGAAAGGUUGACCUAGAGGAAGCAAAGUACCAAGCACAGAAGCGAAAAGAGACCAUAGAACAAGCCACGACCCAACUGUAUUAUCAAAAUGAGAGAGUGAAAGGAUUCCAUAGAGCCCUUUUGCUUACCGAAGUCUUAAAGGAAAGAGAUGCUCAGAUUGAAUUUAAAAAGAAAAACCAAAAUCUGUAUCGCUGCAAGGAUGAAGCAUUAGAACGUGAACGUCAAAAAGCUAUACUAAUAGAAGAGGAAAAAGCUAAAGAAAGGCAUAUGAAGAGACUGCAGCUUAGCAAGGAUCAACUGGAGCAGAUAAAAGAGCAUGAACAUUUAGCAAAACUGAGCAGGCUAGAAGACGUAAAAGAAAGGAAAGAGAUUCAGGCAUUGGCCAGGUUAUAUCAACAGGAAACACUGGAAAAAGAGAAAGAGGAAGAGGAAGAAAAACAUAAGCGUAUGCAGGCGCAUCGGGCACACGUUGCUGACCAUCUAACUCUUAAAGCUAUAGAAAAGCAAAAACAAGAGGAAGAGGAUGAUAAAAUCCGAGCACAUCUUAAAGCAAAGCAAGCUAUGGCUAAGCUGAGAAAAACAAAGGAAGAGGAAAUGCGCAGAUUAAUGGAGGAGCGGAGAGAUGGGAUUACUAACCGCCUCUUUGCAAUGAUGAAAAAGAAGCUUGAUGAUGAUGAUGAGCGUAUUGCUAGAGAAAUUGCAGAGACAGAAGAGGAGCUUGAAAAGGAACUCAAGGAAAAAGAAGAAAAGAACAAAGCUGAUUUGGAAUCCAUCAAAGAACACAGAAUUGGUGUGAUGAAAAUAAAAGAAGAGAAAGAGAGACAGGAGAAACUGGAAGCUCAAGAGAUGCUUCGUGGACUAAUAGAAGCUGACCGGAUCUAUCAAGAACUGGAGAAAGACAAGAAACAUAGAAAUCAUUGUGCAAACUUAAAACAGCAAGAAACCCAUGUCGUGCAAAUAGCUGAAAAAACAGCAAGACAAGGGCAUGAGAAACAAGAGGACAUGGAAUAUGUUAGACAAAAAGAUCUCAUUGCUCUGUGCAAGGAGCAAGAAUUCCAGAAGUAUGCAAAGAAAGUAAUUGAUGAGGAAUCCAAGACAACUCAGAAUCUUUAUCCCCUUUUCAAAGUAAUAAAUGAAGGUACUGCACCUGUUCAUACAGAAAGGCAUCAGUCGUGUGACAAGCAUGCUACUAAGUUACCAUAUAUAGGUGACACAGCUCAAGAAAUGAAACUAUUAAAUGAACAUGAAUACAAUCACACUAAAGCACGACUAGGUUUUACAUGGUAAAAAAAGUAUUUUUAUGUUCAAAUGGAAGCGUGAUGCAUUUUGAAAUAAUCCAGAUUGUGAAAAAUAUAGAAGAAAACC